AUGUAUGAUCGAGCACCACGUUCAUUUCAACUUAAAAUUGGCUGUACACCAGAUCAUGUUGGACCUGGUACCUAUGAUCAACGAAGGAAAAAAAUUGCUGAAGAAAGUUAUGCGCCAUUUCUAUCCCUUUCUAAUCGUGGUAAUAUAUUUUCCAGUGAAGAUAAUCCGGGACCCGGCUACUACGAUAUUCGCAAUGCUCCUUCACCAACAAUAAAAGUAAGAUUGGAUAACUUAUUUCGUGUUAUCUUUCUUGGUCUGCCUUCGAAUUUUCUAUUGAAGAAAACAAAGAGGAUUAGAAUAUCUUGUUCUUUAUUUUUGUAA